UACUGUGCUGCCAUCUGUUGGCAGGUGUCAGCAUCUAUUAAACAUCAGUUGGUAGGAAUAGUUAACUAGCUUCACUUCUCGUACACACAUGUUCUCUAUGUUCCUAUAAAGCAACCACAUAAUGAACCGUCAGGAUAAUGUUCCGUUCACACCGAGAGCAGUAGUUAAAGGAGCUCCUCCAGUUUACAUUCAACCACCUCCUGGAAGGAUACCCCAGAACUUCAAAGAAGCUAUGCUACACAUCCCAGUGAAGCUAGCAGACAAAUCCAAAAACAGGACACCUGACACUGCUGUUAACACACAACCAGCCAAGAAAGCUUCAGCAAAAUCCUCUAUUGAUAAAUGGAAGUCUUCAUUCAAACCAUUAGAUGAAGAAGAUGACUCUCUGGACACGGACACAGGCGCCGGCAGUUCACAAAGGGUUGAGAUUUAUGAUCCUUACGACCCUAUCUCGUCAGACUCUGAGCACGAGAUCCUACAGGCCCAAGACCACAACCAAUCCCCACCCAAACAGGAUAACAACCUGGAACUUCAGCCUUUGCCUGCAAGUAGAGGCGGCCAUAAAAAACGCCGCUGGGCCUCAUCCUACUCUGAGUCAGUGAGCCUACCCCUCGACAGCCACGACUUUAGCCCCGAAACCAGACCCACCGAGAGUCAAGAUCUCAGUCCAGCUCAGAGACUGCCAGAACAACAGGCUUACAGCCCCGACACUGAAUCACUUGACCGUCCGGAUUAUGACUCCAUAAGUAAACCUCUGGACCACCGGGUCUGCAGCCCCGACAGGCUCAUUCAUGGCUCCUCCACCCAACAGUUUCCCGCAUCUUAUGGAGGACAGAGGACCAACGGGGAGGAGAGGAUAACAGUCUCAGAAUACAGGAGAGAGAUGACUACUGUUAGAUUAUCCCCACCCAGGUUACACCGGGACUAUCAACAUAUGUCGGAAUACGUGGGAACAGGACGGGACCAAAUCCCUCCUCCUACAGAGGUGCCAAGAAACAGAAACAGAAAUAUAAUAAUGGACAAGAUCCCCAUCAUGUGUGAUCUUUGUGACAUUGAGUUAGCCAAUAGUCGGGAGCUGGAGGAUCACUUGGAGAGCAAGAGUCACUGGGACACCCUGGAGCACAUCCAGCAGCAGAAUAAUUAUGAUGACCUGGUUAUAGCCUUCCUACAGGAAGUCCUGCUUUAUAAAAGCCAUCAGUGCGGACGAGCCAUAGAGGAUGGUGCACUCCAAGCGCUGCAGGAAAAUGACCACAUGACAAAGAUUGAAAUGUUCCACUGUGCAGCAUGCAGUGUCUUCGUAUCCACAUCUGCAUCCUCGGUGCACACUCACAUUACCUCUCAGGAACACCUCUGCAACACAAAGGAGUUUCAAGUGCAGCAGAGACGUUCUUGCCUUGACAAAGCAGAAAUCAUGAUGAAGGAGCUGAAGCCUCAGUUUGAACACUUCCUGAAGGGUGGCAGCCUAUUUGAAUGAUGGAAACCAUUGAAAGUCUCCAAAAUACUAUUUGCGCUGGGAGGCUGUUUGUUUCCGAUGGAGAACUAUGGACUUAUAUCUCAAUCACAUCCACACAUAAAUGCUGUGACACCACUAAUGUACAGUUUAUUGCUAAGAGAGUGUACAUUUGUAUAUACACGUUUGUCAUUCAGGAUUUGUCUGAAUAAAUGGAGGCAUCUUGAAUCAAUGUUUGUUCACCAAA